AUGUUUGCUCACCGCAAUCAGCACGACGGCCCUUGUUCCUCCCUCUUCCCCACCCCUCCGUCCACCGAACCUCUUCCCAUGAGCGGCUGUGGGAAAGUGCAGUGCAUUGCCAGCUGGAAGGAGGCUUUCGGCAGCCUGCCUGUCAAGGCUACUGCCGGCAUGACGUACCUUCGUGCAUUUGCAGGUGUCUUCGUCUGCUUCUCGACCGUGUCGGCGAUGCUGCACGUCUGUAUUCUCGGCCUGGAUGUCGUCUAUUCGGUGCACAACAACCAAAACGUGUACCACUCGAAUAAAUCCCUCGCCGUGGCAAGCGACGCGCUUGGGGGGACAGCGAACACUACCGACAGUCCAACAUUGCUGUUUCCGCAGCUAAGCGCCACCGUCGGCCUCCACACCGUGUGCCUCGGCUACAACUGCUUCCUGCGCUCUCGUCUUAAUGGCGUCUCGGCACUUGUGGCGAAUGCGGCUCAGGGAACCGCGGGGCUCAGUCUACCCAGAGAGCUCGCCGCCGCGUACGAGGAGGCCACAUACGAGUACAUCUUUGGCUUUGACAUAGGCGCGCACUGCGGGACGCCACGGACCAAGACACAGUCUCUCAGCAACUUCGGCAUAGCGGCGUCAGCGUUGUCACUUGUAUUGUUGCUCGCGCUGCUCGCUGUCAGCAUGGCUCUCUGCUCCCUGGUCGGCAAAACGGACUUUCUGAUGAGCACCGCGACACCCUACGGAGACUUUCAUGUCAACAACCUCGACGGGCUGUACGUGCCUGCGUGGUAUGGGAUGCUGCAAAUCAAUCGGCAUCUGCGGAUGAAAACACCACUUCUCCUGAGCGCGGGGAUACUUGGUUUAUUAGCCUUUUGUACGAGCGUUUGCACGAUGGGUGUCACCGUCGCAUUGAGCCAGAGCAAGUCAAAAUGUGGGCAGUCGGUGUGCGCGGCGUUUAAGCAGCGCAUGGAGCACUUCUACGAACUGGCGGACUCCCUCCACGUGAACGUCUCCACACCUCGCGCCUACGCGUGCCAACCCGGCAGCUCCUACAUCCUAGUUUUCAUUACUUUCUGUAUCUCUGCUGUAUGCCUUACCAUCGGCACUGCGAUACUCUUCUGCUACCAUCACUCUCGACACCACGAAAAGAUGCUGGAGAUGCGCGAUCAGCUUCGGCGGAUGGCGGACGUGGACGGUCUUGCAAGUGGCAGGAAUGUCGUUAGUGCGGGGUCGCGGCGAGGAACAGCGUCGGCGAAUACCUCUCCGUUAUUGGUUUCUAUGAGUAGCCCUUCUCAGGCGUUUUCCGACAAGCACUCCAGUGACUUCUUCGCUGACGGUGGACUAGCGCAGCGUCGUCAGUUUGGGAACCCGGCCGAAGAUGCGCAACGGCGCGCUCGCAGCGUUGGCGCCGGCAUCGAAUUAUAUCGACUCCUCACGCAGUUCAGGGCCGCGGAGGAGCACAGCCGGAGGUAUAUCAUAAUGACGGAAAGUGUCCACUUUCGAGUAUUCCCGGCACUGCGCGAGGCUGUGUGGCUCGCCGAAAACCUUUGCCGACUCCACAAGUUUACACUCGACUGUUUUGCCGGUCCGGCUUUGGAGAUAUGCGUGCUGGAAACGCAGUGCAGGCAGCAGCUCAUUCGUGAGUACGACGCCGGUGUUACGGAAGUCCUCGCCAGCUUAAGGGACGAUGCGGGAGUAGGCCCGUCACAACUCCGUCAACCGCGAGGAGAAGGCGCCGUUCUACAAGAACGGGAGAGGGCAUUGUGGGACGAGCAUGUGCGACUGUGGCAGCAGGUGAGGGCGGAAAUGAGUCGUAGCUUUCAGCGCACCGCAUCGCACGCAGCUGCGGAGGCACGACUACGGCGAAGACCGUCUUCCCUGGCUCAUUCACGGACAGCCUCGUCCGCGGGGCCCAAUAUCGAUGAGUGGUCCCAGAAACUCGAGGAACUGAAUGUCACCUCCGUCACCAAGCUUUUCUUGGCAGACUCAUUUGCGGAGCUUCCACUCAGAAGGAAUGGGCGGCAUCAGGAGGCGGACACAAGCUCCAGUUUCUCCAACCCCACCUGUUCCAGGGCGGCCUUUCCCUGCUCCGGCGGUGAUAGCUCCGCCGCCUGUGAUGCAGCGCGACUGAACGUGUGCGCCGACGGGGUAUCAGCUACUGGAGCCGCUGAAGCGUACGCGCCUUCGUCCGAACAGCAGAGGCAGCUGCAAGAAGGCCCCUCUGAACAACCAAACGAGGUUCCUCAACUGUCAGACGUGAGCGACGCGAGACUGGAGUGCAGCGGGAGCGCCCGUGCCAAGGCCGCACAAAAAGGGACGGAAAACAAGUCCCUGGAAGUGCUGACGAGCCCUUCUGCAGCCUCCACGUACUCUUUCCGUAGCAGCGUCUCCCUCGCCCCUUCACCAACACGCGCUGCCAGCGAGUCGCAGGCGCUGCGGCCAGCGGUGGGUAUUUCGAAGUCCAACAACAUGGUCGAUCCCAUGAACGUCGCUGGCGGUGGCAUGAGGCUGCAAACCGUCUCACGCAGGACCGACAACGCCUCAGGUGCUGCGGAGUGGCAAAGUGUGUAUCACGGUGCUUCUGAGAAAAAGCGUGAGAAUGGCACAAUCCUCGGUCGCAAGAGGUUACAUAGCUGGACCGGACCCACCUUUUCAUCGGCAUCAACACAGCAAGCAGACACGACUUUCUCGUGUGCGACACCAACGGCGGCAUUUUCACUGACUAGCCCAUGGCGUAAGCGCAGGGACGAGCAGAACCUUCUGUAG